CUCUCUCUCUCUCUGUCUGUCUCUCUGUCUCUCUCUCUCUGUCUGUCUCUCUCUCUCUUUCUCUCUCUCUCUCCUUCUCUCUGUCUCUCUCUCUCUUUCUCUCUCUCUCUCCUUCUCUCUGUCUCUCUCUCUCUUUCCCUCUCUCUGUCUCUCUCUGUCUGUCUCUCUGUCUCUCUCACCGACUCUUCUCGCUUUCUCAGCCUCGUUCAGGGAGCUGAAAUUCGGAGGGAUGGAGACAGUGGGUGCGUAUGGAGCGAUGAAGGCCGGGAGAGUCCCCUUCGAUCCCGUCGCGUUUUUCACGCAUCCCCGCACCAUCCUCAGACUGCUAUCGUGGGUUUUCUCCAUCGUGGUGUUCAGCUGCAUAGUGAACGAGGGCUACAUCAACAUCGGCAGCGAACGUUUACUGUGCGUCUUUAACAAUAAUGCUCAUGCCUGUAACUAUGGCAUGACUGUGGGCGUGGCCUGUUUCCUUGGCAGCAUCUGUUUCCUGAUCCUGGAUGUUUACUUCCCUUCUAUGAGUAACCUCAAGGACCGAAAACGAGCGGUGCUGUUCGACCUCAUCUUUUCUGGAAUGGCCAGCUUCCUGUGGUUUGUUGGAUUCUGUUUUCUGGCCAAUCAGUGGCAGGCCACGUCGCCAGAUGAGCUGCCAUUGGCCCAGGGCUCAGACGCUGCCAGAGCUAUUAUCACGUUUUGCUUCUUUUCAAUCCUAAGCUGGGCCGUGUUGACGCUAAGCGCUCUUCGGCGCUACCUAACCGGCAGCAAAACAAACUUAUUCACCUGGCAGUACCUUGACCCUCCUCCAAACAACAUCCGAGCCACUCCCUACCCCAUCCCCAACGGAGGCACCAUCGUUACCACCAACCCCUACCAAGCCACACCCUUCACCGAAACCCUGGACCCCCAGAAACUCACACAGCAUAGACCGGUGGCUCCUGCUUUUUAGAAACGCAAAAAGAGAAGAUUUGAUCUGAACGACACAACAAUACGAUGGGCUGAGGACCAUCCUAUUGGUUUUACUGGGACUCUAUCCCCUCCAGGGAGCCAUUAGAUCCAUUUUCACCCUGGCAACUAAGCUUUGUUCUGUUCAUACACACAGAUGUUGAUGCACGUGAAUACAGAUGUUCUCACUUAACACCUGUAUGCAGUUACACACCUGGAAACACAGAUUCACACUGAGCAACAUCCUGGCUGCAUGCUUUUUGGGUGAAGUGUAGAUUAACAUAGAUGUAGACCAGGGAAGAUGCUUUCCCUUAUGAGUGGACACAGUGGGAGAGACGUGGAAGCUUUGUAGCUCUUCAUUAAACUCAAACUGGUCACCCAGCAGCUGAAGGUAUGACCAACAUAUUGUGAGAUGAAUGCAAGAAACAACAGGAAAUAGUUGAGUUUGAAGGAAAUAGUUUCGACAGUGUGAAAUAUUAAUGUGAUUAAAUAUUUUAUUGUGAUUUGUUGAAUUGGUAAAAAAAGAAAUAAACUAGUCAACACCA